CCCCCUGCGCGCCGCCAUGCCCCCCCCCGCCCCCCGGGCCCGGCUCCGGCUCCUCGCCGCCGCCGCCCUGGCCGGGCUGGCCGUCAUCAGCCGAGGGCUGCUGUCCCAGAGCCUGGAGUUCAGCUCUCUGGCGGACAACUACACCGUGUGCGAGGGAGACAACGCCACACUCAGCUGCUCCAUCGACGAGCACGUGACCCGCGUGGCCUGGCUGAACCGCUCGAACAUCCUGUAUGCCGGCAAUGACCGCUGGACCAGCGACCCGCGGGUGCGGCUGCUCACCAACUCUCCCGCCGAGUUCUCCAUCCUCAUCACCCGCGUAGGCCUGGGCGACGAGGGUCUCUACACCUGCUCCUUCCAGACCCGGCAGCAGCCGCACACGGCCCAGGUCUACCUCAUUGUGCACGUCCCUGCCCGAAUUGUGAACAUCUCCUCUGCGGUGACAGUGAAUGAGGGUGGGAAUGUGAAUCUGCUCUGCCUGGCUGUGGGGAGGCCAGAGCCCACAGUCACCUGGAGGCAGCUCCGAGACGGCUUCACCUCCGAGGGCGAGAUCCUGGAGAUCUCGGACAUCAGGCGAAGCCAGGCGGGGGACUACGAGUGCGUGACCCACAAUGGCGUAGCGUCGGCCCCCGACAGCCGCCGCGUGCCAGUCACCGUCAACUACCCUCCGACCAUCACCGACGUCACGAGCGCCCGGACAGCCGUGGGGCGCACCGCGCUGCUCCGCUGCGAGGCUAUGGCCGUGCCCCCAGCAGACUUCCAGUGGUUCAAAGAUGACAAACAGCUGGGGGGCGGCGCGGCCGAGGGCCUGAAGGUGCAGACGGAGAGGACCCGCUCCAUGCUGCUAUUCGCCAACGUGAGCGGCCGCCACUACGGGAACUACACGUGCCGAGCGGCCAACAGGCUGGGGGCCGCCAGCGCCUCCAUGCGUCUCCUGCGCCCGGGCUCCCUGGAGAAUGCAGCCUCCCGGCCCCCAGGGCCCCUGGCCCUACUCUCUGCCCUGGGCUGGCUGUGGUGGGGAGGGAUGUAGGCGCCGAGGCUGACGCGAGACCGAGCCCUAACAAGGGAGUGAGCCAGCAGCCUGGAGAGAGUGAGAGCCAGCCAGGAAGGCCCAGAGUCCCGGGCAGAGGAGGAGGAAGAGGAGAGAUCCUUAGAGAACCCAUCACUGUGAGGGAUAAACGCAAAAUUAUGCAUCGUUUCUACAGCCAUCGUUGUCACCCGUUCACGUGUCUGACUGUACCCCAGUUGCCCCUGACCCCCUCAGCCCUGGCCUAGACCCACUGUGGGUACCCCCUCACCCCUGCCAGCACAGGCUGCCUGCCGCCUCUGCAUGCCAGCUUUAGGUGGUUGUCCUGGCUGCAGGGGUCCCCGGCCCCCACCACCAGGCGUGGCUCGGCUGUCUGCUUGCGGGGAGAGGCCCCAUCCCAUCCCCUGUCGUGUUGGAUUCCGGCCCUAGUGAGGGGGAGAGCUGGAGGAGGCGCCCUCCGUCUCUGGCCCUCUCCCAAUAACCGAGGCUGCCUGUCCCGUUUCUGGGUGUCCCCCUGCCCCCACUUUCUGGCCUUGCCCCCAGGCCGCCUGGUGCUUCCAUGCCACUGUCAGGCUGGUGGCUGUAGCCUCCCCCGCUUCAGCUGUCUGCCUCAGUGCUCUGGCCCUACCCCACUGCCCCCCAGCUGCUUGCCUGUGCCCCCCGCCCUGCCCACUGGCUGCCGGCUGUCUUAGCUCUCGCCAUCCGGUCUUGGCUUGAAGCCCAGUCAGCCGACUGUACCUCACCUACGCACCUACACCCACCAGCGACUGUGAUCAGCAAUAGUCCCCCUGCCCGCCCCCAGCUCCCCCGGCCCGCCGGAGCUUCUGCCCCAGAGGUGGGGGCUUUGCCAAGGGCCAGAGAGGGUCUAACCGAAGGCCUGCUGCUAUCUAGUCCCCCUGGAGACCCCCAUCGCACCACUGCGACCGAGGGAGGCCGAGAUAGGUGUCACCGCCGUCCUCCACUCCUGGAGAGCCUCCAUACACAUUUCCUCCAUGUCCAUCCCACAGGGAGCUGGCCAGGGCUGAGGAGGGUCUGGGGGUGGGACAGGGACUGUACCUCAGAGGGGGGCAUGGGCCCCAUCCAUAUUGUCUUCCAUUCCCAGGGUCCUGAGGGGGAGGGAGGGGAGGGCAUGGGGCAGGGGCGGGGGGAAGGGCCCUGGGACCCAGUGUGUCCCAAACCAUGGGGAGUGUUGAAACCGCCACACCAAUAAACACCUUUUUCCAAAA